AUGUCCCAGAGUAUGAGAAUAAGCAUGUCUUCCUUUGGCUCUAGCAAUGGAUAUGACACUCCUUCACACAACUCCUUUGCUACCACAAAUGGCGAUGACUAUGACAGUGAUGACUCCAAUUUUGCACCACCUACACCGUCGACUCUGUCAAAGUCUGUUCCACCAGAACUUGCUGGUGCGAUACCUUUGAUUGAUAAAUUCCAGGUGGAGGGCUUUCUAAGAGCGAUGCAGAAGCAGAUUCAUUCCGCUGGAAAGCGUGGUUUUUUCUCUAAAAAAUCAGUGGGCCCCCAAGUUAGAGAGAAAUUUACGUUUGAGGAUAUGCUGUGUUUCCAAAAGGAACCUAUACCAACUUCACUGUUGAAAAUAAACAAUGACCUAGUAAGCCGGGCAGUAAAAUUGUUUCAGGUCAUCUUGAAGUACAUGGGAAUUGAUUCCUUUGAUCGAGUGACCCCAACUAGCUUGGAGGAACGUAUUGAGCUUGUCAGUAAACUAUAUAAGCAGGCCCUGAAGCGUUCCGAGCUCCGGGAUGAACUUUUUGCACAAAUAUCCAAACAAACAAGGAAUAAUCCUGAUAGGCAAUAUUUGAUCAAAGCGUGGGAGCUAAUGUAUUUAUGUGCCUCCUGCAUGCCUCCCAGCAAGGAAAUUGGUGGAUAUUUAUCAGAGUAUGUCCAUACUGUGGCACAUGGUGUGAUUUCGGAUUCUGAAGUCCAAGUCCUAGCACUAAACACUUUAAAUGCUCUGAAGCGUUCUGUUAAGGCUGGACCUAGGCAUACGAUACCUGGCCGUGAGGAGAUUGCAGCUCUUUUGACUGGCAGAAAGCUUACAACUAUAGUGUUUUUCUUGGAUGAAACUUUUGAAGAAAUCACGUAUGACAUGUCAACAACUGUAGUUGAUGCAGUCGAGGAGCUUGCGGGGAUAAUUAAAUUGGCAGCAUAUUCUAGCUUUAGUUUGUUUGAGUGCCGUAAGGUUGUUACUGGGUCUAAAUCACCAGAUCCUGGAAAUGAGGAGCACAUUGGGCUAGAUGAUAACAAAUACAUUGGGGAUUUACUGGCUGAGUUUAAGGCAGCAAAGGACCGCAGUAAAGGAGAAAUUUUGCACUGCAAACUGAUAUUUAAAAAGAAGUUAUUUCGGGAGUCAGAUGAAGCGGUGGCAGAUCCAAUGUUUGUGCAGUUAUCCUAUGUUCAACUGCAACAUGAUUAUAUCUUGGGUAAUUAUCCUGUUGGAAGGGAUGAUGCUGCACAGCUUUCUGCAUUGCAAAUCUUUGUUGAGAUUGGAUAUGAUGUUGUCCCUGAAUCAUCCACGGACUGGACAUCACUUCUGGAGCGAUCUCUACCCCGACAAAUUGCAAUUACUCGAGCAAAGAGGGAAUGGGAGAUGGAUAUUAUUUUUCGUUAUCGUUCAAUGGAAAAUCUAACGAAAGAUGAUGCAAGACAGCAAUUUCUACGGAUCUUGAGGACACUUCCCUAUGGGAAUUCAGUUUUCUUUAGUGUUCGCAAAAUAGAUGAUCCCAUUGGACUUCUGCCCGGAAAGAUCAUUUUGGGCAUUAAUAAGCGUGGGGUUCAUUUUUUUCGACCAGUUCCUAAAGAAUACCUACACUCUGCUGAGUUAAGGGACAUAAUGCAAUUUGGUAGCAGUAAUACUGCUGUAUUUUUUAAGAUGAGAGUUGCCGGCGUCUUACAUAUCUUUCAGUUUGAAACUAAGCAGGGCGAGGAAAUUUGUGUUGCCCUUCAAACACACAUAAAUGAUGUUAUGUUACGCCGCUACUCUAAAGCACGGCCUGCUACUGCCAAUAGCUCAAUUAAUGGAGAUCUUUCUAAUAAUGUUAAGCCAUCCAAUGUGGAUUUUUAUGAGAAACGUAUCCAAGAAUUGUCCAAAGUUCUUGAAGAAUCGCAAAAGAAUGCUGCUCAAGUAGUCGAAAAUUUACAUGAAAAACAAAAGGAAGAAGUCAACAUAAAAGAAGAACUAGAGGGCAUGAAAGAUAACUUGAGAUCUGAAAUGCAAAACUUAGCUGACGUUACUUGUGAUCGUGAUAAACUCAGAUCUUUGUGUGAGGAAAAAGAUUCAGAGCUUCAGGCUGCAUUGUUGGAGAAGCGGAGCAUGGAAUUCAAGCUGGCUAAGCUAAGUAAUCAAGGGCUGGAGAACAGUAUCAAAAAGGAGCUCGCUGAAGCAAACACCCAGGUGUUACAUAAGAUCGAAGAUGAAUUAAAAGUACGCUCUGUAGAGUUACAUGCAGCAGAAGAAAGUAAGAAGCUGCUGGUUAAUGAAAACCGAUUAUUGGAAGAGAAAAUUUCAAGGCUUGAGAAGAAGAAAGUUGAUGAGACAAGGACUCUUGAGAAGAACUUUGAACAAGAACGGAAGGCCUUGAGUCUUCGAGUUUCUGAACUUGAAAAGAAAUUGGAAGAAGUCACAAAAAGCUUGGCUGUAGCAGAGUCCACUCUUGCAGUUAAAGAUACAGAGUUGUGCGCAUUGGAAAAUAAUCUAAAGGAAUUGGAGGAGUUGAGAGAAAUGAAAGAGGAUAUUGAUAGAAAGAACGAGCAGACUGCUGCAAUCUUAAAGAUGCAAGGAGCUCAAUUGGCCGAGUUAGAAGCACUUUACAAGGAAGAACAAGUCUUGAGAAAACGGUAUUUCAACAUGAUAGAAGAUAUGAAAGGCAAGAUUAGAGUCUUCUGUCGAUUAAGGCCUUUGAGUGAAAAGGAGAUUGCGGGGAGGGAAAGAAAUGUGCUUACAAGUGUUGAUGAGUUCACAGUUGAACAUACAUGGAGAGAUGAUAAAAUAAAGCAACACAUGUACGAUCGUGUUUAUGAUGGUAACGCUACUCAAGAAGAUGUCUUUGAGGAUACAAAGUAUUUGGUGCAAUCUGCUAUAGAUGGGUAUAAUGUCUGCAUAUUUGCGUAUGGACAAACCGGUUCUGGGAAGACUUUUACUAUCUAUGGUUCUGAUAAUGAUCCUGGACUCACCUUACGGGCUACUUUUGAACUUUUUAAAAUUCAAAAGCGAGACAGUAAAAAAUUCUCAUUCUCCUUGAAGGCCUAUGUGGUGGAGUUAUAUCAGGACACUUUGGUUGAUUUGUUACUACCGAAGCAAGCAAAGCGUACUAAAUUAGAUAUUAAAAAAGACUCAAAGGGCAUGGUAUCUAUUGAAAAUGUAACAGUUGUAUCAAUUUCGACAUAUGAGGAACUCAAAAGCAUUAUUCAGAAAGGAUCUGAACAGCGUCAUACAACGGGUACUUUAAUGAAUGAAGAGAGUUCAAGAUCUCAUUUGAUACUUUCAAUUAUUAUUGAGAGUACCAACCUUCAAACCCAAGCUGUUGCCAGAGGGAAGUUAAGUUUUGUGGAUCUUGCUGGAUCAGAAAGGAUAAAAAAAUCUGGUUCUUCAGGUAGUCAGCUCAAGGAAGCUCAAAGUAUCAAUAAAUCACUUUCAGCCCUUGGGGAUGUUAUCAGUGCUUUGUCUUCAGGCAGUCAGCACAUUCCCUAUAGGAAUCACAAGUUAACAAUGUUAAUGAGUGAUUCACUUGGUGGUAAUGCUAAGACUCUAAUGUUUGUGAACACAUCUCCUGCUGAGUCAAAUUUGGACGAGACUUACAAUUCUCUCACAUAUGCAUCAAGGGUCCGGUCUAUUGCAAAUGAUCCUACCAAAAAUGUUUCAUCAAAGGAAGUGGCUCGCAUGAAGAAGCUGGUGGCGUAUUGGAAGGAGCAGGCAGGUAGAAGGGGUGAUGAUGAAGAUUUAGAAGAAAUUGAAGAAGAACGUGUACACCCCAGAGAUAAGACUGAUGGUCGACAUUCUAUGUAGUGUUUAUAGCUUCUGACUUGAGGAAAGACAUGGUUGAAAUUGACAACGUUCUGGCUGAUUGUUAUUCUAAUAUUUGAGGUCAGGGUGAUCCAAGAAGGCUUUGUCAACAUUUCCUAUGAUUAGAUGGCAGCAUAUUGCACUAGGGUUUAUUAACUUGUAUGAAAAUUUUGUUGAAAAUAUAGGGCUUAAUUCAGUGUAGAAGAUUUCACCGAUGUUGUAUAGUGAUAAUUUGUAUAUUUUGGAUACGGUUUUUUAUUGAUUCAUAUUCAAAAUGUGGGA